AUGGAUUCAGCGCGUGAAAUCCUCUUCCCCGCCCCUUCAACUCCUUUGACUGUAGCUCCUUUAAGCACAGAAAUCUCCCCCACCUCUCCAAUCUUUCCUGAUACACCGAAUCAGUCCGUACCGAAAUCACCAACCCUUUCGACAACCUCUACUAUUGUCGGUCGUAAAUCAGGAAGUGGAGCCGAUCGUGUAGCAGGAAUGAUCCGCCGCAAGCUUUCCUUCUCUGUCCUUCGACCUCUUCAUGGGAAUCACUCCGUAGAUUGGACCACGAGUGCAUCUCCACCAAGUAAACCUGGUAUCAGUACCAGUCGUAGUUGUAGUAGUACCGGACCCAUCAAGAGUCAGAACGAUACUCGUAGGCGUCUCGGUAUCGCGCGUUCAGUCACUGGACCUCUAACUCGGUUCUUCCACCUUGAUAGUGGAAAUGACGACAAUGGAGACGGUUGGGAUUUCACCUGCUGCGGAGAGUCUCCUGUCAUGACUGAACAACAAGGGUCGGGAUGGCUUGGCACUCUCGACUUUGAAGAUCCGGCCACUCCUCGUGCUACUCCGAAGACAUUCACCCCUAUCACUGAAGCCCUUUCUACCUCUCCCGAAGCCGUGGGUGUCUUAGGUAGCCCAUGGUGUCCUAAUCCUAAUUGGGAGCAAGCGUGGGACGAAGCCGCGGCGAGUCUACCACCACCUCUUACUUCGUGCGGUUGGUCCCCAGCUUCAGGUGAAGCUUCAUUAACUUCACCUAGCUCGUCACAAACCUUCCGAGAGAUUGGCCUAGCUCCACUUGCAUCUUCCUUGGCCUCACCCGAGACCAUUUCAUCAAUCUAUUCCCCCUCCCCUCCAAAACCUUUUGGAGUCCUGGAGGCUGGUUCAACUCCUUCCUUGGAAAUCUCAAUCGAUACAAUUUCCACCCCGAUCAUGAAAGAUUUGGAUAAUGCGAAAAUUGUACCUCAAAUCCGACAUCAAAUGACGUUUUAUAGUCAUCGUAGUGUAUAG